CGUACACCUGUUGAGCGUUUUUGCCAACCGCCAGCAGAUCAGUCAGUCUGCUUUGAAACGUGGAAGAACGUGGACAGUGACGCGGAUCUCAAGCAAAUCUCGCCUCGCCUUGAGGAUCUUCGUCGUUUUUGAGUCUUGCUACCGUCUGCAUCAUGAAGCAGCUCAGUCCCACCGUCACGGUUCUGAUGCUACUCCACCAUGUUGCCCUUGCUGAAUGUGAGCUUUGUCGGGAUCUGAAACCGAAACCUUUAGCCCUGCGCGAAGAACUGCACAUAAUAUUAGACGUGGACCCCGGCGUCGAUGACGCCAUUGCCAUAGUCCUGGCCUUAGGCAUUGAAGCAAACGUUGAAGCGAUCACAUGUGUGAAUGGAAACACGAACGUUAAGAAAGCAUGCGACAACGUUCGACGGGUCCUAAAGCUACUUAACAAAACAUCGAUACCAACCUACGAGGGGUGUGAUGAGCCUCUCACGGGACAAUACGUAGAUACUGGAAACUAUUUUGGUGAAGACGCAUUCGGCAAUGCAUCGUGGAAGUACGAGCUACCAGAUCGAAAUGAAGAAAAGACAUCAGUGAACAAACACGCAGCCUCGCAGAUGCUGGACAUGGCUAAGGCAAACCAAAACAAAUAUACCUUGGUGCUCUUGGGACCGCUGACCAAUGCCGCAGUGGCUUUGAAGAUAGACCAACGGUUUACGAGCUACUUGAAGGAUAUUUUCAUCCUUGGUGGAAAUGUUUACGGAAGGGGAAACAUGCUUCCUGGAGCCGAAUUUAAUUUCUGGGUAGACCCUGAAGCGGCGGAUGUUGUCCUAACUAAAGCCCAGUGCCCUGUUACCAUAGUGCCCUGGGAAGCAGUCUUGGAGUCCCUUCUUCCAUGGGAGCAUUACGAAGCUUUGACAAACAUCACUUCUACAAACGCUCAAUUCUUCAGAGAUGUAACUGCUAUGCAUUCGACAGAAUCAGAUAGAAGAGAAGGAGGUGCAGAAUUCGCCGACACACUAGCAGUUUUGGCAGCGCUGAUUCCGGAGUCCAUCACUAAAAGCAAGCAGAGCCGCGUCGCCGUGGAAACAAUGGGAAAUUACACCAGAGGACAGCUGGUGCAUGCUUGGGAACCGUGGCUGCUGCCGCAUGUCACCAGGAAUAUCACAGUUGUGCUCGCGUUGAAUACGACAGUUUUAAACACUGCGCUACAAAAAGCACUUUGCUGAACAGUGAACAACGUUAUUUUCGUCUCCGAUGUAACUACGAGUAAAUACAUCGUGCGCCCA